AUGACGGAUCCCAAGUUUGUCGAUGAAGAUGCUAUCGACUAUGUACAGGUGCACACAGGUUUUCUGAACAAGAAGCCAAUUGCCAUGGAGGAGAUCAAUGAGUUUGUGGCCGGCAUCGGCCUAAACAAAAUAUUGCUGAUUCUCGAGUGUGGCAGCGUUAUCUUCGGAUGCAUGUGCGAGGUAUCAUGGCCGAUGCGCUUCCUAGACAAAAUCAGCUGGUUGCGGGUGCAUACUUUUUGCGCGGGCCACCUUGAGUCCGAGUUUCUGCUACCGGUGCAGAUUCUCGUGGACUUGCUGGCACACCCGCAGUGUAACCAGGCAAUCUUUGAUAAGCACAGGGCACAGGCGUAUUUGCAUGCGUCGCUGCUCGUGCCUUUGGGUACUGACAGCCAUGCUUUUUAG